AACCAAAAAUCGAACAUUCUUUCCAUUUCGUCGCGCGGCGGUCGGUGAAAUUUUUCGGUCGCAAUUUUUGCCCAGAAAACCAAACGCUCGCGGGUCAGUUCCGGUGCACGGUACGAGUGGCACUUCCGGUGCGAUCGGUAAAAUAAUAUAAUUUAAGGUGGCCAUCCCCCCGCGGGGCGGAAGGAAAAGUGUGCAAAAUUUCCCAACCAGAGACGACGGCACCAGAGUGAGUGAGAAGGAAGGAACUGUCUCGAGACAGCUGGUGGCCAAAAGAAGAGAGGGCCAGAACCGUCAGAGUUGUCAAAAAAAGUGCGAAUCUGCAGUUUUGUUGUUGUUGUUGUUGCGGAAAAUAGUUUAUCGAUUAAUCGGAGGGAGAGCGAGCGUUCCUUUGCUGUGUCAUCGUGUUCAAAUCCAAGGGGGAAAAAGUCCUUCCGUGCGUGCCCAGGAAUCCGGAAGAUUCAGGAACCAAUUCGGUACUCGGAAGAAGCUCAGCAGGAGUGAUCCGGAUCCCAGAACUUCUACGAGGAAGGCGACCAUCGGCAGCUGGUCAUGGUCUAUUGAUCAGGACCGAGCUGGUUCAGCUGGGGUAUCGACGAGGAAGAAGAGGUUCACAGCUCAGGAAAAUCCAACGGAUUUGAAGGUCUCCCCCUGUUCAGCUGUGCAGUGUGUGGAAGAUACGCAAAACAACAACAGCAGCAACUAAAGGCACGGAGAGCUCUAGCUGGAAUUCCAGCCAAGAUCUGCGCAGCUCGACCUGCUCGGUGGACACGGUUUGUCCAAAACCGCAAUUGCUGCACGCGCCGCAGAGUCCUUGAGAACCCACCACAGCUGGUCCGGUCCAAAAAAUCGACAUCCACGCGAAAUUCAACCACACACGAGUAGUGACAUCGCGCGCGUGUUUGUGACAUCCCUAUCUCUCUCUCACACACAGAAAAAAAAACUUCCUUCUUUAGUUCUUCCUUCCUUCCUUUUUUUUCUCAGUUGGCAAGUUUCACUUUGUCACACUUUUUUUUUAGUUUUGUUUGGUUUGUUGCUGUUGCUAUAUCCUUUUUUGUUUUGUGAUUGUUUCUGUUUUAUUUACUUUUUCGAUUCUUCAGUUCUCGACUUUCCAGUUCGAUCUUCUUUUCCGAAGUUUCUCGCGCGAGGUUUUCUUAUGAUUUACUACCGUCGAACGUCGCCGUCGUCACCGUCUCAGCUUGUGUGAUAAUGCAUUGGAACGAAGAUUCGCUCAGCCGAAAGCAGCAUUCGUUAAGCAGUCAAACCUACGCCAGUGGCCAGCAGCAGCAGCUCGAGACCUCGAACGUCUUUGCCGUUGGGACAGACCAGCAGCAGGAGAGUCUGAGCUUCGUACAGAGUAGCAGUAGUAGUAGCGGUAAUUUAGUCGUGUCGAGCAGUAGUAGCUCAACUCAGCCCAGGACAUCCCUAGUUUAGGUCGCGGAAAUCAAAUUUCUGCCCCGUCAGUUUUUUUUUAUAGUUCAGUUACUGUUCUUGCAAGGUAGCGUUUAGCGUUUCUCGUAAUAACCGUUAAAUUUAGGGUAACGUUCGAUCUUGUAGAUUUUGGUUUGGCGUAGAAGAACUCUCGUUGCAAUAAGACAUUUGAGUUUGAGAUUUCCUAGCCCGUAAGACUUGAAACUUUUUCAAAAAAACAGCCCAAGCUGUGUCACACAAAGUUAUACGUUCGACUGUAAGCAAGCAACCUCUCCCAUUGAUAUUUAUUUCGUAGCGCAAUACUUUAUUUAUUUCUAACUUUCGGAAACACGCCCACUAAAAUACCAAAAACAAAAUACAACUGGAAACUUGAGAACUGCUUAACACUUAGUCAUUCAAUUUAAAAAAAACUUUAUCUCGUUUACUUUUCCACACGUUCUUCGUAUUUUUUCGGCAUUCAGCAAAAAAAAAACUUUAUUUAUUUCCAAAGAUUACAAUCCUGCAAACUUGUCCUAGUCCCCACACGACGCUCAUAAACUACGUGCAGCAAUAACAAAAGAAUCGCACUAAGCUCAGUCGAGAGAAAAGAAAAGUGAAUCAAGUGCGAUCGGAAUAUCGUCGGCCACCGGUACCAGCCUGUGUGGUGAGAAGGCGCAGAAAGUUUAAAGUUUCGAGAAGGAAGAGUUACUACUGCACGCACCACCACAACUCCCAUUCAUCCUAGAAUUAUGCCGCAAUAAUGCUGUACAAAUGGGAGCAACAAAAAGAGCAUGUUUUAGCAGAAGCAAUUCGGCACAAGCACAGGCACAGGCGUCCACUGUAAACGGUCAAGACUCACAGCAAAACUCGCGAAGUUCUGCCGCGACGACCAACGGUAAUCCCAACCAGACGAACAACAACACCAACUCCAGCAACAGCAACGCCAUCGGGAACCAGCGACUGCGGCGGUUGCGUUCCGCCAGCGGCCAGUCCAGCUCGACGUCCAACUUGAACAACCUCAACAACAACAGCUCCCAAAGUAGUCACACCCGGUCGCACCACCGGAACUCGGUGGCCACGUCCGCGCCGCCACCGCAUCAUCGGUCAUCUGGAGUAGGAGUCCCGGGGACACACACUGCCGGCAACACGGGUGGACUAAUCUCAAGGGUGUUUGACAGUAGUAGCAGCAGCAGCACGACGACAACGGCCGGAAGUAACAACAACAACCGCGGGUCACCGGCAGAGAAGAGGCCACCACUUAGCGGCGCAACUCACAACGGUAAAAACGAUGACAAGAUGGAUGAGAGAAGGCAAUCGCAACCGAAAACUCCUACCAAAGCGCACCAGCAGCACCAGCGAGAUUCUACGCCGGCGGGCCGGAAGAAGGUCGUGUACGAGCAGCCGAGCGUUGAGCGCGAUCCGGAUUCGCCCAAAAAGCAGACGGCGGCCAAGCCGGACGAUGACCGAGAGUCACCUCCAGCGGAGAAAGCCACCACCGACCUGCUGGCCGUUGACCUAGACUCGUCCAAACCACGCACCAAGGCGUGCACCAACGACUCCGGCAUCGAAGGCGAACAUCAGCCCCAUCUGGACGAGGACCUGGAAGAAAAUCACAAAGACGAACCCGGCGCAACGGCCGCUGCACCCUCAGAUCCACCCGUCACCGUCGUCGAACGUCGCAGACUCAACUCCGCCAUGGAGACCGGCUCCCCAGAUGUCAGCGCCUUCCGGCACCACAUGGACUCGUCCGAGUCGGACGGCUCCCUAGGCCGCACCAACCUGCGCUUCAUCCGCAAAAGCCUCGAAAACACGCUCGCAGUCGCGUUCAAGAACAACAUUUUCGACAACGACACCAUCGAGACGGAGUACCCGCGCAACCUGGACGACAACAUCGAGAUCCUCAGCCGCGAAGCGGAGAACCUCGCGCUCCAGUUCAAACCUUCCGAGGAGAAGCUCGUCCAGUACGGGCCCAUUUUCGACUUGGAAAAGUUCGAGGAGCAGCGCAAGCAGCAGAAGAAGGAAGACGACGAGGACGAAGCGAUCGGGAUCUCCCCGUGCGGACGCUUUCUCAAGUACGACAAGGAGGUCGGCCGCGGCUCGUUCAAAACGGUGUACCGCGGGCUGGACACGCAAACCGGGGUGGCCGUGGCGUGGUGCGAGUUGCUCGACAAGAAAGUGAACCGCGUCGAGCGGGCCCGCUUUCGCGAGGAGGCGGAAAUGUUGAAGAAGCUGCAGCACCCGAACAUUGUGCGGUUCUACAACUACUGGGAGUCGCCGCCGACGGCGGGCAACAAGAAAAAGAACAUUGUGCUGGUGACGGAGCUGAUGCUGUCCGGGACGCUGAAGUCCUAUUUGCGCCGCUUCAAGAAGAUCAACCCGAAGGUGCUCAAGUCCUGGUGUCGGCAGAUCCUGAAGGGGUUGCACUUUCUACACUCGCGCGCCCCGCCCAUCAUCCACCGGGAUCUAAAGUGUGACAACAUUUUCAUAACCGGCACGACCGGAAGCGUCAAGAUUGGCGACCUUGGGCUGGCUACGCUCAAGAAUCGCAGCUUUGCCAAGUCGGUGAUCGGGACGCCGGAGUUUAUGGCGCCGGAAAUGUACGAGGAGCACUACGACGAAGCGGUGGACGUUUACGCGUUCGGGAUGUGCAUGUUGGAGAUGGCGACGAGUGAGUAUCCGUACAACGAGUGCAAUACGCCGGCGCAGAUUUACAAGAAGGUAACUUCGGGCAUAAAGCCGGCGAGUUUGGAGAAGGUGGAGAACCCGGAGGUGCGGGAGAUUAUCGAGCGGUGUAUUCACGACAAGAAGGAGGGAAGGCCGACGUGUAAGGAGCUGCUGAACUGUGAGUUCUUCUGCGAGGACAUUGGCGUCCGGUUGGAGCCGAUUUCCAAGGAGAACUUUAUCUCGAACCCGGAGAGUACGCGGAUGGAGUUCCGGUUGCGGAUUUUGGACCCGAAGAAGCGGGUUAACAAGCACAAGGAGAACGAGGCGAUUCAGUUUGACUUUGAUACGCGGUUGGACGAUGCGGACGAGAUUGCUAGUGAAAUGAGCAAAAGUGGAAUUUUGAUGGAGGACGACUCGAAGACGAUGGCCAAGAUAUUGAAGGUUCAGAUUCAGACUAUGCUGAAGGAGAAGGAAGAGCGCGCCAGGCAGGUUCAGCUGGAGAAGGAAACUGAGGCACUGCAGAAGCAAGCGAUCUUGGCUCAGCAAAUGUACGCCGCUCAACAGCAAAGUCAGAUGGAGAAUGAGACACCCCAGCCGAUGGAGCUGCAAGUUCCUCAACUGAUGGGAGGAGUUCCAAUUCCUCAGCAGCAACAACAAGCUUUCUAUCAGCCAGCGUCUCUGCCCAACUCUCAGGCUGCGCAGCAGAUUAUUUUCCAGCAACAACUCUCGGCGCCCGUCGGUAGUGACCAGCUUCAGCAGCAGUUCCAAAACCAAGCCGGCCAGUUUAUGAACCAACAGCAGGUUCAACAGCAACAGUUCCUUAACCAAAUGCCUCAGAAUCCUCCGCAAAUGCAACAACAACAACAGUCGGUGCAGCCGCAGAUGGUCGUCCAGGCUGGUUUGCCUCCGCCGCAAGUAUUCAUGGACGCCCAACAACAGCAGCAGUAUAUUCAGCAAAUGCAACAACAGCAACAGGUCUUGUACAACCAAAUGCAACAAAACAACGUGCAGUACGUUAAUCAAAUGUCCCAACAACAACAACAGGUUAUUCAACAACAAAUGCUUCAACAACAACUCCUGCAACAGCAGCAACUUCAGCACCAACAGAUGCAGCAAGCCGCCGUCAUCCAGGAUCAGUUCCCAACACUUGAACAGCAAUUGCAAGCCGUUCUUCCCAUUCAACAUCAUCCCCCUCAACCCCAGCAAUCUCAACAGCCGCAGCAUAUGCCGCAAACACAACAACAUUUUCAACAACAACAACCACCCCAACAACAACAACAACAAAUGGUUCACGGUCAAACGCUUCAACAACAACAACACCAAAUGCACAUUCAACAACACCUUCAGGACCAGAUGCAGUUGCAUCACAGCAUGCCAAAUCAGAUCAACAUGAUCCCGAACGGACCGGCGAUGGUUCAGCAACAACCACAACAACAACAGGCGCCACCCCCUCAACAACAAUAUGUGCCCCAGCAACAGCCCCAACAACCCGUCGUAAUGAACCACGUUCCCCAGCCGCAACCACAACAAGUUCCAAUUCAACAGGCGCCUCAACCAAUUCCACAACCUCAGCAAGUCCAACUGCAACAACAACUUCAACAACAGCAAAUUCAGCAGCAGCAACAACAAAUCCAACAACAACAACUUCUUCAGCAACAGUUGCUUCAACAGCAGCAACAACAGCAACCUUCACCCAAACUGGUUGAAAUCCCACAACCGGAACCGAUCAUCGCUCCAGCUCCUGCUCCCAUACCCUCCCUACCAGCCCCGGAAGUCCCCAUCCAGCCCCAACCAGCAGUUCCUGCCUCACCCGCCCCAGUUCCGACCCCUCAACCAAUCCAACAACUACAACAAGAAGUCGCCGCCGCCCAGCAACCGCCGGCAUCGCCCGGAAUUCCACCGUCGUCAUCGCAGGCGGCGGCUCAGCAGGGCCAGGCGGCCAUUCCGAAGCGGCUGACGAGCGAGGCCAGCAAGAAGCGCCGAAACUAUCGGUCCACCGAGCGCAAUCCGAAGCUGCAGGUGCUCGGCAUUGAGAACAACAUCGUCGAGUGUGAGAUGGAGAACCGGCCCAAGACGAUUACGUUCAAGUUCGACGCGAACAACGUGAACCCGGUCGAGGUGGCACAGGAUUUGGUGUCCAAGGAUUUGCUGACGGAGGCGCAGAGUCUGGUGUUUAUCGAGAUGGUUCGCGACAUCCUGCGGCAGCUGAAGGAAAAUCCCAACCAGCUGCCGGUGGCGUCGCAGUGCUGCCGACGAAACACCGAGAAGGUGCGCCAUGCGUCCCUAACACGCCAGCGUUCGAACUUUAAAACACAUCAGAGACAUAGAUCACGCGACGAAACCUCCACGACGGCGUCCAACUUUUCGCACAUGUUCGACCCGACCAUCAUCGACCGGCAAGCGCUCGCGACGACGGUGUCAACAACUACGACCAGUACGACGACCACCAACUCUUCGGCUUCGUCGUCUCCGCUGUCCCAGCAGCAGCACCCCAUCAAUGGUGGCGGCUCGUCGGAUCUUCAAAAGAUGGCCUCGGUUGAUUCGAGCAACGGUUCCGCCGUCGGAUCGGAAGAUCAGCAGCAGCACCAGCAGCAUGGUUCCAAGGGGGACUUGAAGGACAUUGUGACGAUCGGUGACCUGGAGGGGGCCACCGGAGAGAUUACGACGGUCACCCACGUGGUGAUGGACGAUGGCGGGAAUGAUAAUGGAAGCAGUUGCGAUGAGAACUCGCGCAAGACCAGUACGAUCAGUACGGAUUAUACGUCGCACGAGAACACGCCGGAAAAUACUAUUACGUCGGGCAGUGCGAUGCAGGCGCAGAUGCAGAAUACGACGACGACGCACAACGAGGGUGAGAUGGGGCAGGACUCCGGAUCGAUGGAAACGGACGGCGGCGGGGACAAAACGGAUCAGUGUAUUAUCACAGUGCCAUGCGCCAGUGGCGAAGCUUCCGCUAGUUCUGCAACCACGAUCACCACAACUACUACCAACACUACUACUUCUACUGCAAACAGUAAUACUGAAAUUUCAUCUAGUCAACAACAAGUUCAGCAAGGAUCUACGGCGGCGGAGGUGGCCGUUCCGGCCAGCAAUAGUGUGGUCGGUUCACCAACGGCCGAAAACAAGCAACAACUGCGCGAGCGAAAAAUGUCCCGAUUCUCCGUGACCCCGGUAGUCCUUCAACCUCCGGAACCUACGGCACAGCCGGAAGUCCCACCAGAACCCGCUGCACCAGCUCCAGCCGAGCAACCUCAGUUCGUCCCCGAGCCAGCUCCCGACCAGCAGGUCUGCGUCCAAGCGUCCAACGAGGUUCUGCUCCAGCAACAAAUGGAACAACAACAGCAGCAGCUCUACCAGCAGCGAAUGUACGAGCAACAGGAAGCUGAACGGCAGCAACGCGAGUACCAACUCCAGCUGCAGCAACAACAGCAGCCCCACAUCGACCUGGCCCUGUUCCAGCAGAUGCAGGCACUCCAGAAGCAAGCCGCAGCUGCAGCCCAACUCGCUCCCGAAGCCCAAAACGCAGCCGAGUACGAGCUACAGCAACAGUUCUACCAGCAACAGCAACAACAAUAUCAACAAGCCCUCGCGCAAGCCCAGCAACAGCAAGAAGCCGCCCAAUCUUCCCAACAGCAGCAGCAACAGCAGCACCCCUCAAUGUCCACCCAAGUCUCGGUCGACCACACAUCACGUGAUUCCCUGUCUAGUCGCAUGCCGGAAACGCUCGAGCAGCUCAAGAUCGGGCUCGAAAACAUUACCCACGUGCACGUCGUCACGAGCAAGGCGUCCACCGCGAGUCUCUCCAGCACGGCGUCCUCGCACUCGGUACAGCAAAAUGCCGGCGGCGAUCCAUCCAACGAGUACCUCGUCCAGCAGCAGCAAUUCUACCAAGCGCAAGAGUUCGUCCCAGACGCCGCCCAACAGGAAGAAUACGUCACAGAUGGCGCCGUCCACCUGCUAGAACAGCAAGCCAAACAACACCUACUACCAUCGUCCCAGGAGGUUUCCUCGUACAACUCGCGCCGAACGUCGGCGGACAUGAACCAGCCGGCGCCGGUUGCGACGACAGUGAUGACCGAGCAGCCGAUUCAGCAAGUGCAGGUGCAGCAACAGUCGCAGACGCAGCCCGGCACGUCGAUGCCGAACUCGGUUGCGGCGGUCAGUGCCGCGGGAAGUGAUGCCAGUACGCCCAAUCUGAGGGAGCAGGAGAAGCGGUUGUCGAACCAGGGCAGCGUGGACCGGAUAGACAGCUCCGGAAACAACUCGCUGGCCGAUCUGCACCAGAAGCUGGCCCAACUAACGUCCGCCCAGCUCAACGAACAGCAGGCGGCACAACAACAGCAGCAGCUGCAACAACAACAAUCCCAAACUCCUAAGCCCCCUCAGCUAAUCGCGUUCGAGCAGCAACAGCUUCAGACGCAGCAAAACUCCGCCGUGACCAGUCCGUCUGUGGAACAUCCGGAGCCCAAGUUCCCGAAUGACGCGAAGCCGAUGAUCCGCAAGGUGUCCCGCUUCCAGGUGCAAACCGUACAAGAAUCUCCCAAAGCAGCGCCGACCCAGGACGGUCAACAACAAACCCAACAACAACAACAACAUCAACAUCAACUAGUAGUGAAUCACGAUACUCAGCAGCAGCAGCAACAGCCCAACUACUCAUCCCCGACGGACGAAAAGUCGUGCCAGACGUUCCCUGUGCCGCAACCGGUGCCUCAACCUCAGCUUGUGAAUGAGUUGCCGCGUACUCCGACUGUGGAGAAUGUUCAGCCCACCUUUGCGGCGGUGUUGCAACAACAGCAGGUUCAGCUGCAGCAGCAGCAGGCUCAGCAACAACAACAACAGCAAAUGCAAGCGCAACUGCAGUAUCAACAGCAGAUGAUGCAACAACAACAGCAGCAGCAGGUUCAGGUUCAACAGCAGCAGCAGCCAAUGAUCCAGACAGUUCCUAUUCAGCAGCAGCAGCAGCAGCCUCCGCCCCAGAUGAUGCCGGUUAUGCAGGCCGCGCCGCAGCCCCAGUAUCAACAGCAGCAGCAGCAGCCCCAGCAAAUGGUGGCCGUCGUGAACUCGAUGCCACCGCAACAGCAGCCUCAGCCCCAGCAACAACUCUACGCCGAGCAGAACGCACUGGAGCAGUUCAACAGCGAGGACAUUGGCCAGAAUUUGGUGGCGAUCCAGAACCACCUCCGUGGCAUGCAGCUAAUGGCGAGUUCACGCCAGCAGUUGCAGCUUCUGCUUCAGCGCCAGCACAUUGAGCACGAGGAGCUCAAGUUGCGCCACUUUUUGGAGCUGGAAAAGUUCCUGAAGCAGCAAAAAGAGGACAUGAAGCCGGCGCCGAUGCCCCAGCAGGUGCAGCAGCAGCAGCAGGUUCCGGUGUCGAUGCAGCAGGUCGUCGGGAUGGUUCCGGCGGGCGCCGCCGCCGUGCUGGCGGACAUUACCUCGCCAACGUUGACCGUGAGUCGGGGGUUCGAGCAGGGCACGAUCACGACGCCGGCAUAUUACAACAACAAUGGCGCGAUGGUCAGUAGCGAACAAAUGAUCGAGCCCCCGCAGCCGCCGGAUCCGACGUUGACGAUCGUGAACGAAACGAAUCACUAGACGGGGAGCGUGUCGAACGCAAUGUGUUGAACAUAUUAUGUAUUUCCUGUGUACUCUGUACUCUACCACUACCUACUACUACUACUCCGUUGUGUGAGUGUCAACUCCUGUAUAGUCGUAUUUGUAGCGAAGCGUUCUUCUUCUUCUCUCUUAGGGCGUUUUUCUUCCUAGAGGAAACACUAUUUAGCAUGAGCUAGUGAAAAUUGUUUUUUUUUACACAAACACACACACACACACAUUAUUAUAAAAUGCAAACCCCCCCCGUUCCCGCAACAUUAUUAUAACUAUUAAACAUGUAACGUUUAGUGCGUCUGUGAGCGCGUGUGUCUCAAGCCACAUUUUUGUUUGGCUUUUAUAACCAACCUCCCCCUCCCGGCGGCGGCGUCAUCGUCGUCGUAGUCUGUUGCAUGCUGCUGAGCGGUAAGUUGCGCCCAAAAAAAAAAUAAUGAGAAAACAGUCUUGUCUUUGAAACCAAAUUAGGAACAAAUUAAUGCAAAAAAAAAUCAAAAUUGACCAAAAAGAAUUUUUUUUGUCCAGGGUAAUUCUCUACGUUUUUCUUUUUUAGUUUUUUGAUUUGGAUGAAACUUUGUUCAUGCUCUCUCCCUUCGUUAAAAGAAGCCUUUGGCAUCUUUCAAUUGUGCGGGCUGGUCGCACAAAAUAGGUUUAUUGUGAUAUACAACAAUCUGAAUCUUUCGAAUUCAGCAGAGCUGUUAUCCCAAGCACAAAAUAAAAAAAAAGUUGAAGAUCAUGUGGUAUAGGCCGAUCCCUUCAACACUUGGGUCUCGCGAGUCAUGAUCACAACUCAGUGCUAAAGCUCCGUUGGAUAUUAUGGUGAAGCGAUACGAUGUUGGACAUUUGGGCGGUCAAACACCAGAAAUUCGAGAUUUCAAAAAUUACAAAAUUCAGGAAUUACCCCUCCAUACAUAAAUUUUGUACUAGCUAAAAACGUUACGAAUUUUGAAAUCCUAAAUUAUGAAAAUAUAAAUUUUAUUGAUUCAGAAUUCCAAUUUUCUUAUAUUUUGAAGUUUUAUGUUUCAUUGAAUUUCGCAUUUUUUGGUUUCCGAAUUUUAAAACAUUAGAAUUCAAAAUAAAAUAAAAUUGUGAAUUUUCAAAAUCUCUAAUCCUUAAUCUCACAAUUAAAAAAAAAUAGAUUUCAAGUUAAAAAAUAAAAAAUCAUAAAAUAUAUUUAAUGUAUAAAAAAAAUAAACUCGACCAGAGUUGAGGGUCAUAAGCUUUAAAAAUAUUUGCAACGGCCUAAUUUAAAAUUUAAUAAUUCUAUAAAUAUGGAAAAUUUAGAAAUCAGAAAAUUUUUAAAUUUAAAAAAAUUAAGACAGUAAAAAAUUUAAACCCGUCCAGAGUCGAGGGACAUAAACUUCAAAAAGUAUUUUCAACGUAUAAAAAUUUAAUAAUUCUAAAAAUAUGGAAAAUUGAAAAAUCACAAAAUUUUAAAAUAAAAAAAUAGUAAGAUAGCAAUAAAAUUUAAGAAAUUUAAAAAUCUAAAAAUUUUAAAUUCCGAAACUAAUUUUCGGGAUUGAUUUCGUGCUGAUUUAUUAAGGGAUAGAAGCGACCUAGAAAUUCGCGUUUAAUUUCUGAAUUUUGAAUCUUUUGGAUUUGAAAAAAACAAUAAAUUAAGAAAAAAACAUUUCUCAAACUUACAAAUCAACUCAACAUGAAGAGUUCUCCAAAUUAUAAAAUUGAAAAAUCUUUUUUUUUAUAUAGAACUGAAAAAUCUCAAAAGUUAUCAAAUUUAAAAUUUAAUAUAAUAAGAAGGAUAGAAAAUUUAAAAAUGUGCAAAUUUUAAAAUUUUAAAAUUAAUAACUGAAAUUGAUCGAUUCAAAAUCUUUGAAACUUAAUAAAUUUAAAACUUGAGAAUUCUAAAAUUUCAAAAUGGAAAACAAUGAAUCAAGAAAUAAAAAAAAAAUCAUUAAUUUAAAAUACGAAAACCAACUUUCGGACCGGUUUGUCAAGGGCAAGAGCGAUUUAAAUUUUGGAGCAUAUUUGCAACGGCCUAAUUUUAGAAUUUUAAAAUUAUGAAAUUUGAAAAAUAAAAAUUCUAAAUAGCUAAUAUUUUUUUUUAAAUAUUUAAAUUUGUUCAUAUUUUGAAAUUUAAUGUUUUUUAAAAUUAAAUACUCUUGAACAAAAAAUAAAAAAAUAAACUAUACCUUUGAUUUCAAUUCCCAGAAAUAGAAAAAAAAACUAAAUUUAGGGUUUUGUAAAUUUAAAAAUGAUAACACUUAUAAAUCUUAUAUUUUAUAAAAUUCAAAAAUUAAAAAAAAAACCAAAAAAAAUGAAUAAUUUUAAAAAGACAUAAAAAUCUGUUAGUUUAAAAAAGCUUUAAUUAAAUAAAACAAAAUUUAAUAAUAAUUUUAAAUUUAACAAUAAAAAAAUAUAGUAAAUUUGAAAAUUUUAAAAUUUGUAAAUCAAAAUUUCAAAAUCACAAAAAUACAAAAAAUCAAGAAAUAUUAAAAUUCAAAAUUGCAAAACUAUGAAAUUAAGUUAUUCAAAAACUCUGAUUUCGGAUUUAAAUAGUUUGUUUAUUUUCGAAUGUUUAAUUUCAUAUUUAUUUUUUUUUAAUUUUCCAAUUUGGUAUUUCGAUCUCGGAAUUGGACUAAAAGGAGCUCUAUCAUUCUUAAUCAUUCUCUACAACCUAACCUCGCCUUUAGACGGGCUUCGAUCUAAAAAAUCGCCAAAAAUCAAUUUUCCAACCGAUUUUUGAUCUUAAAAAAGCAUUGGAAAAAAGAACUCUUGAAAUUUUAGAAAAUUUCAGGUUUGGAAGUUUAACUUGUUUUAUGUGACAUUGCCAAUGUUUUUAAAAAUGUCAUUUAUUUGGGGUCAACUUUGGCUGUGUUUUUUACUAACAUUUUCUAUAUUUUCAGUAAAAAGAUGUAUGCAGUAAUUUUUGUAGUGUCCCAGACUACGCCUCUAUGCAUUUUUUUACAAUUUAAAUGAUGAUGGUGCGCUUCUACAGUAGAAAAUGUGAAAAACAUGCAAAAAAUUGAAAAAAAUGACUGUAAAAACAUGAAAAAAUUAGAUAGACGAAAUGUAAUUAUAUUAGGUGGUAGAGUAGGCUACAUACUACCAAAAACAAACAUAAACUAAACAUGAUAAAUGCAAAUUAAAAUACUAAAAAUAAAACAAGAAAAACAUAAAACAAGAGAAGUAAAUUUUUCGUCGAACAAAAGUUGCUCAAAAUUACCUCCUAAACACGGGAAAAAUAAAUAUUUUCGAAAAAAAAAUAGGCAGUAGAGGAUUAAAUGGGUCGUUGGAUGCCUCGCGGGGGCCUUCACCAGCUAAUUCAUGGAAUUGAAAUAAGCUGUCUUAAUGUAAUACACAAUGCUUUUGAAUUAUAUAAGUAUUUUUCGAUUGUAAUUUUGAUUCUAUAUUCAACAAUAAUUUUCUAAAAAAAAUGAACUUUUUCCGUAAUGGCACACCAGUACCUUCAAGUCAGACGAUAUUCAACGUCAAAAUACAUAUUUUUAAGAACUCAACUUUAAGUGAUAAAAAGUUUCAAUGUAAUCUUCUAGCGCGCAUUUUAUUUGAAACGUAGCUGAUCUUUUCUGAACAGUCUAAAUUCAUGCCUACAACUUUGCCGAAAAGACCAAAUUUGUUAUCAAAAAAAUCCCUUCUAAAGUACAGAUUUUUAUAUAUUUACAAAUCAUUUUUUUAUUACCAGCUCGCAAAAUUUUAUGGUGAAAAAAAAACUAACGAUACAAAAUGGCUUCUUUUGGCAUAAGAAAAGUAUGGACCAAGUUUCGUUCAAACCUUAAAAUCAUCCAAAAAUUUGCAAAAAUCUAUAGAAUUCAUCUCGUAACGCUGGGCGCGUGCGCGCGCGGCCCCCCUCAAAUCGCAGCGAUUUCAUUCCAGAUUUCCAAUUGAAAAGUGCACAUUAGAUCUUCAACUUUCGCUGCGAUUUCUUCCUUCGCCCCGCCCAAAUCGAUUCGAAGCUGGGCGAUUAAUCCGGUUUUCCCAACCCUUAUCACGACCCUACAUUGUGGAGCAGUAGCAGCAAACCCAAAAGAAGAAAGAAAAAAAAUGUGAAAGAAUCCUGCUGGACGGUGUAUUUUCAAGAUAUUGUUAUUUAAAAUGCAAACACACACACAUACAUACACACACACGAGAUAUAGAUAUUUACUCUUGCAGAGAGCAGCGCUAGCGAGCGAACCACAAUUUGUGUAUAUUUUUCUUUUUGUAUUGGAUUAAAACUAUCAUUAACAAAGUACAUGUGAUUGUAUAAUUUUGCAAAAAAAAAGGGCGUGAAUCGAGGAUGAAAAAGAAUUUGGCGAGCUUUCUAGAAAUAAAAGGAAUGAUAGAACAGUGUGUUUGAGAGAAAAUUGGAACAGGCUUUCACGCUAAUUAAAAGAAAAAACAAAAACACUCAAAUUAAACACAAAACUAAACAGACAAAUAAAGCUAGAGAAGAAUCAUAAUCCCUUGUGCUUGCUUAUCGGAACACGAAACGGCGCGACCCUGCUACACUGCUAAACUGAUUACUUCUCAAGCUAGUUGGUUAGUUGGAUGGUUGGUGUGUCGUUUCUCCCUCGCAGAAUAUUUAAAACAAGAAUAAAACAGCUUCAAAAAUUUGCAAAACAAAAAAAAAUAGUCUAUCACAAACAAAAUAAACUACGAGGAAAAUACACAAAACAAAAUCUAUCCGAAUCAGGCCGUGUUGAGUUGGAAUGGGAGGUAAUUUGCGUGGGCGUAGGAGAGGGACGUGAUAGCGAAAGAUGGGGGAAAGAGGGGGAAAUCGUCAGGAGUGAAAGAGUGAAAUUGUUUGGGGAGAGAGAGAGAGAUAAGAAAACGGAGGUAGGGAAAACGAAAAUGAGGAUGAAAAAAUAAGCAUAGAAAUGAUAAAGCAAAAUGCAGAGAACACUAUUUCAUCAGCGCUUGUGUACGACCCAGAUUGGACAGGGUCUGCAUUACAUUAUUGUAUUAUAAUUCUAUAUAUAUUAUAUAAAAUGGAAAAAAAUAAUUAAGAUAUAAAAUAUCUAAUAAAAAUGAGCAAAAAAUGCAGAAGCAGCAAA